UCCGCGUGACCCGUAUAGUGAUACUUACCUACGUAAACAAUUAUAACAGUUAUUUCACUAUUACAUAAUGUAUAAGCUAGUGUUUUUAUUGGUUUUCUCAGUCCUCGCAGAUUCAGGAGCUACACUCGAAGGCUAUUCGGGCGGAGUAAAACCUGAUGUGUCAUACUUAAGUCAAGCUAAAAUGACUAAUGACUUUCUUAUUCAAGAAAGAGAAUCCGAAACCUAUCCAUCCGCAUCAAAGGCACUAAAUGUGUAUUUCGAUAUAAGUUUUACGACGAAUAAUGAAGGAACAACCACGGUGAAUCUUAAUAUUAAUCCCGGUGGGGUGAUACAAGUUUCGGAGGGCCAGAAAAUACAGUUUUACGCUACAACAGUAACUGAUUUGUACGACUUUGGGUGUACAAAUGACAAAGGUAUAACAGUAAUAGUUCCCAAAAUUAAAUUAGUUCAGGAAGAUGGAAUUAAAAAGUUGUGGAGUUUAAGUGAAUCAAAACAAUAUUCUAAAACUGAUAUCGGCGAACGAUGGGAUUGUUUUUACGAAAUAUUGCAGCCAGAUGGUACGAUAGUUAAUGCUCGGAAGAUCGAGAGAAAAGGAAAAAUAUAUAUUCAAGACGAGUUCUCAUUGCAGCUCCAAAUUAUUGAGCCAAAGCCAUCGACACCCAGUCAUCCUUACCAACUACGCUCCAAAGACCUAUCCCUACAGCCGAGUCUUCUGCGCAACUGCAAACGCCCACGCAACCGAAUCAUAGACGGCCCAAAACGCACACUGGUAAUACAGGCUCUCAUUUUUAUAACCCGAAAUAUUUAA